GAUGAGAUCCCUGAAACACCUCAAACAUCACUCCAGGAACAAUGUGGAGGAAGAGAGUGGCCACUUGGUGCGUUCCUACCCAAAGAUGACUGAAGGCCACGUGGACGUGGGCACGCAGACGGAGCCUGUGGUGGUGCUGUCUCUGGCUCAGGCUGCUGUCCUCGGCCUCAUCUCCCAGAAUGAAAUAUUUGGGGCCACCAUCGCCCCUAACGGCUUUUACACCGGGGAGCCCAGGGACUGUCCCCCUCCUCCCCCCGAGUCGCUGGAGUACGAAUACGCCGACCAGCUGAUAGGGGCCAACGGAGACUACUUGGCCGAGCCGGCGGGUGAGUCGGAGCCCCAGCCCCACUGCAGCGAGAGGAGACGGCCCGGACCCCGCGGGAGGACCAAGAGGCCGAGGAGCGACGAAGAAUCGGACGCUCAACCGCCCAAACAACCUGCUCCUCAGGCCCUGGUUAAAGGUGAAAGACUUGAAACUGAAACUACCCCGUCCUGCAUUCACACGAACAGCAGGCACAACCCCGACAAGUCAGAGGGACAGGCCGCUCAGCAAGGUCCUCUGAAAGAGGAACCACCCUUCAGGAACUGCCCCUCGUGCGUGAGAGACGCUCCCAGGCCGCAGACGGACGGACAGCCGGAACAACAGCGGCAAGACACUUGUGGAAGGGAGAAGGAGAAGAAGGAAGAAGAGUUGGUGGUAGAAGAGGAAGAACAACCCGAGGCACUGAACCUAAAGACAAGUACGGAUACGGGAAGUCCCCUGGAGAACCGCUUCUACGAACCCAACGAGGCCGCUUAUGAGUCCGCUGACAUCGCCAUGCCGGGAGAGUACGAGGAGAGCAGCCAGGCCAUGCUGUGGUCGGACCCCGAGGGCCUCGCCAGACGCAUGCAGAUCGACCGACUGGACAUCAACGUGCAGAUCGAUGAGUCUUAUUGCGUGGAUGUGGGAGAGGGUCUGAAACGCUGGAAGUGCCGCAUGUGCGAGAAGUCGUACACGUCGAAAUACAACCUGGUCACUCACAUCCUGGGCCAUAAUGGAAUUAAGCCCCACGAAUGUCUGCACUGUGGCAAGCUUUUCAAGCAGCCGAGCCACCUGCAGACUCACCUGCUCACCCACCAGGGGACCCGACCGCACAAGUGCACCGUUUGUGAGAAGGCCUUCACGCAGACCAGCCACCUGAAGAGGCACAUGCUGCAGCACACGGACGUCAAGCCCUACAGCUGCCGCUUCUGCGGCCGCGGCUUCGCCUACCCCAGCGAGCUGAGGACCCACGAGAACAAACACGAGAACGGCCAGUGCCACGUGUGCACGCAGUGCGGCCUCGAGUUCCCGACGUACGCUCACCUGAAGCGCCACCUGAGCAGCCACCAGGGGCCCACCACGUUCCAGUGCACGGAGUGCCACAAGUCCUUCGCCUACCGCAGCCAGCUGCAGAACCACCUGAUGAAGCACCAGAACGUGCGGCCUUACGUCUGCCCAGAGUGCGGCAUGGAGUUCGUCCAGAUCCACCACCUCCGUCAGCACGCCCUCACUCACAAGGGUAUGAAAGAAUUCAAGUGUGACGUCUGUGCCAGAGAGUUCACUCUGUCUGCCAACCUGAAGAGGCACAUGCUGAUCCACGCCAGCGUGAGGCCCUUCCAGUGCCACGUCUGCUUCAAGACCUUCGUCCAGAAGCAGACCCUGAAGACGCACAUGAUUGUCCACCUUCCAGUCAAGCCUUUCAAAUGCAAGGUCUGCGGCAAGUCCUUCAACAGAAUGUACAACCUCCUCGGCCACAUGCACCUCCACGCCGGCAGCAAGCCUUUCAAGUGUCCUUACUGCACCAGCAAGUUCAACCUGAAGGGCAACCUCAGUCGACACAUGAAGGUCAAACACGGUAUCAUGGACGCCACGAUAGACGGCCACGAACCCCCACAAGAGACAGAAGCGCAGGAGGACUAUGAAGAGGAGAGCUUUGAAUUCAGCGAGCGAGAAAACCGGGCGAACAACAACAACACACCGGAUGUGGCCAAAAUCUCUCAAAUGGAGUAUUACAGCACCUAUGGAAAGAGUGCAGGGCGCUUCAGCACUGCAUGAAUUAUUGAAAUGAGCCCAAAUUGAACAGAAGUCUGAACUAAUGAAAAACAGGAUUGUUUAUUUUAUUUCAUGCUGUUAAAGGCAUAGAGCUGGGACUCCUGCAGGGGGCCGGGAGGCCCAGCACACUGCACAUCAUUAUGCACUGGAAUCACUGCUAGCGUUUGAAAUCUAUACUUUUUAUGCGAGUCAUAUUUUCAUCCAAAACAUUGCAAGUAUCAGAUUAUAUGAAAAAAGGGGAAGUCUAAAAUAGAAGUAUUUAGCUAAAUGAAAGGAAAAAAAAAAACCUGACAAAACUAUGAAUUUGUACAAGCUGUCAGCGGCUUAACGAGAUCAUCUGAGCCUAAUUAUAAAAGCACAUGUCCGGUAACGACGAGCGUCAACUGCUUCUGUUCUGUUACACUGCACUUACCCAGACAAUCCCGUUUCCUCUGAACCGAUGUGAGGCGUGAGGGAAAGGAACAAGCGUUCUUUUACUUGCCAAAGCUCAUCGAGAGGAUGAAAGAUACACUUUGAUUUAUACUGUGACAAAUUAAAAAGGUCUGCAAAAUGACUGAAACUCUGGUUUGGUUUGCAACCUGUGCUUUAUUGUAUAUUAUUGUACAGUGUAUCAGUCCUGUAUGUCGGCUGGUACUCUCAACCGGUGCACCGCACUGAGGACCACUUUGUCUACUUUUUACAUUUACAAGCAUCACUGUAUUGAUCUCUAGUCUAUGAAUGUAACAGUUUCAGUAGAAUGUCUUCAGAUGCUAAUGGAAAUAGGUCUUUUAAAAUGGUGGGAUCCCUUUACCAAAGAACUGGAUCAAAUUUUUGCACCUAUGGGUGCUGCCGCGCUCUCUCCUUCUCUCUCGCUGGACACACUGGAUUUACCGGGGUCCGACUGCAAACCUCAUGAAAUCCCAUUCACAUUCACCUCCGAGCCAUUUAUUUCAAAUCUCAUCAAAAGAUUCACGCAGAGAACAGACUGGGCGUCUAAACGAACCUCACCAUUUUACACCAUUUUAUCAGGAUAUUCACGAGGUAACGCCGCAGUUUUUAUUUAAAAAAUAAAUAAAUAAAUGUAAACCCAGCAUUUGUUCUGCAGUUUCUUUUUCUGUUAAAUGUGUGAAUCUCAACAAAAACCCUCCCAAAAAAAAGACCAAACUCGGACAGAAAUAUUAAGUGCCCCGGUGUGUCUGCGAGAGCACGCCAUCCAUCACCCUGCACGCUGGUCUCGAGUGAUGAACGACAACCUCCCAACAUGUGACAGGGCCGUGGACCUUGUGGAAAAUCAUUUGGAAAUGCUCAAUGUAUUCAGUUUCCCACUGCUUGGCUUUUCAAACUUGUAUCCUGCAAACAAGGCGUCCAUUUGAAAAUGAUAUCGUGCAUUGAAAAUAAAAAUGCUAAUUUUGUUUUUUUUCCUUUUCUUUUAUCAACAGUUUCUGUAUUCAGCGUCACUAUUUCAGUGAUGAUACAAAAAGGGAGAAAUGUUCGGCUUACAUGGCUUUCUGUAUUAGACUUUAGUGUGAAGAUAAUAUGAAUAGAGUUGUAUGUAUAAUGUUGUGUACCAGGCAAAGCUGUAAAAUAAAUUUAUUUACCUUUAGA